AUGGUUAAGGUUGCUAUUAACGGGUUUGGUAGAAUCGGUAGAUUGGUUUUGAGAAUUGCUUUGCAAAGAAAGGCUCUAGAAGUUGUUGCCGUUAACGAUCCAUUCAUUUCUGUUGAUUAUGCCGCUUACAUGUUCAAGUACGAUUCCACCCAUGGUAGAUACAAGGGUGAAGUUACUACCAGCGGUAACGACUUGGUCAUUGACGGUCACAAGAUUGCUGUUUUCCAAGAAAAGGAUCCAGCUAACUUGCCAUGGGGUAAGCUAGGUGUCGAUAUCGUUAUCGACUCUACCGGUGUCUUCAAGGAAUUGGACUCCGCUCAAAAGCAUCUAGACGCUGGUGCCAAGAAGGUCGUCAUCACUGCUCCUUCCAAGACUGCUCCAAUGUUUGUCGUUGGUGUUAACGAAGACAAGUACAACGGUGAAACCAUUGUUUCUAACGCUUCUUGUACUACCAACUGUUUGGCUCCAAUUGCUAAGAUUAUCAACGAUGAAUUCGGUAUUGACGAAGCUUUGAUGACUACCGUUCAUUCCAUCACUGCUACUCAAAAGACUGUUGAUGGUCCAUCCCACAAGGACUGGAGAGGUGGUAGAACUGCUUCCGGUAACAUUAUCCCAUCCUCUACUGGUGCUGCUAAGGCUGUCGGUAAAGUCUUGCCAGAAUUGCAAGGUAAAUUGACCGGUAUGGCUUUCAGAGUCCCAACCGUCGAUGUUUCUGUCGUUGAUUUGACCGUCAAGUUGGCUAAGGAAGCCACUUACGAUGAAAUCAAGGCCGCUGUUAAGAAGGCUUCUCAAGGUAAGCUAAAGAAUGUUGUUGGUUACACUGAAGACUCUGUUGUUUCCAGCGAUUUCCUUGGUGACACUCACUCCACCAUCUUUGACGCCUCUGCUGGUAUUCAAUUGUCUCCAAAGUUCGUCAAGGUUGUUGCUUGGUACGAUAACGAAUACGGUUACUCUGAAAGAGUUGUCGAUUUGGUUGAGCACGUUGCUUAA